GUAAACAUGGAUGUCAAGCUAAGUCUACAGGUGGAAACAUAUCUCCGGUGAAAAGAGAUUUUGUCCCUUUGUUUCUUCAUUCUUUCACAAUGUCUGAAACGAUUCCAGGUGGAAGACAAAGAGCGUCAUCUGAGGGAGAUAUUUUGGAUGACGACGACGACGAUGGUGUUUAUAGCACAGGAGUAGGUGCCCCUUUGAACUCAGGCCACCGAAAGGUAAGCACAAGCGCACUGUUGACAACUGUUGACAGACGAAGUCAAAGAGAAGACUACUAUUCCGAUGUUCCCGAAGAAAGGCGAACCAUAGGGCCAUCAGAAAGGCGAAGUAAGUCGCGUAAGACAUCUUUUAAAUCAAUAAAGAAACUAAUGAAUCGUGUAAUGAAGAGUUCAUCUUCUGCCAGCUCCAUACACGAACAGGAUCCGUCAUCUCGUGUGACAUGGACACCGACACUUAGACGUCGAAAUGACAACUUUCAUGAUGCAACUGAUCUUCGAGGAUCCAGAAGAGGAAAGCACGAGAAGUCGGAAUCAACAUCAAGACCCCUCAUCACCGACCCAAACUUCACAGGCCCGAAGUGGGAGAAGACGCCUGGAACAGUCGGCCUCAACAAUCAUGGGAACACUUGCUUUAUGAAUGCAAUUUUACAGUGUUUAGGGAACACAGAUUCAUUUGUGGAAUACUUUGUUGAUGGUGUGGUUAAAGAGGAUUUGAGAAAUCUAAGAAAUAUCAGGAAAGGUGCCAUCAAAGCAGAUGUGACUGAGCAUUUGGCAGUGCUUCUGAAAUGUUUUUGGUCAAACCGAUACAGUGCUGAAGUGUCCAGGGAUUUUAAGUCUAUCGUUGGGAAAGCUAAUCAUCAGUAUGAAGGUAGCUCUCAGCAUGAUGCACAGGAGUUUUUGUUGUGGCUGCUGGACAGACUGCAUGAAGACCUGAACUCCAACAUUAAAAAGAAAAACAAACCACUGAAGAAUACAGCCAUGCGAUCAGACGAGGAGUUGUCGAAUGAAGCGCUGUCCUCAAGUCAGGGGAGUUUUGUAUCGCAUCUCUUCAAGGGGCUACAUCGGUCAUCACUAACAUGUCCCCACUGUGGGAAGCACAGCAACACGUUUGACCCUUACUUGUGUGUAUCACUACCGCUUCCACAGAAAUGUCCUCGACCAGUCUUUGUGAAUGUUGUGUACUCAGGACAGAAGCAGCUGAAAAUAGGACUGCGUAUGAAUACGUUUGAGUCAGUGAGAGACUUGCGGCACCGGAUUUCAAAGGACAUUCGGAUACCAGCAUCAGAGAUUGUGCUGUGUCAGAUGUCAGAGGAUGGGUUCCGCUCAACAUAUGGAGAUGACCAACCUCUUUCUGACAUCCCAGAGACAGAAACAGUUUAUGCAUUUGAGACAUUGCCAGACAAUGACCCUGCCAGUGCUUCCUCCCGCUACGAGACUCCCUUCAUACACAUCCUCCUAGUACACGUGGAGAAGUCUACCAGCCCACAAGGACUUUUCCGCUUCUGCAGUCCAAGUGUUUUGCGAGUACCACGAGACUUCACCUACAAACGCCUCCAGAAAGAAAUACUGCACUGCAUGGGGGAUGCAGUGAAGCCAGAAGCCCUCACCCAGAAAUCAGUAUUAUUCAACUUACAAGUUGUGGACUGUCACCCCAGCAAGGAGUACCUCCCUCUCGAUGUGGAAAUGCCUCUAUACUCACAGGCAGUGGACAGAGUAUUGACAUACUAUGGAGAAGACUAUGGGCCUGUCCAUGUCAAGUUGAUGGCUGAAUGGGACACACAGAUUAAAGAGGCGUUUGUUGUGGACGAUGAUGAUAACAUUGAUGAACACCCAUCAGUCCACCACCUCCGUAUCUCACAGCACCUGAGUCCGACAGCAUCACUAGACGAGUGCUUCAAACUCUACACACAGGAGGAGAAGUUGAGUGGUGACGAUGCCUGGCUUUGUCCCCACUGUAAGAAGCAGCAACAGGGCACCAUCAAGACCCUGGGUCUGUGGUCAUUGCCGGAUGUUCUAGUCAUACACCUGAAGAGGUUCAAACAGGUGGGCAUGAGAAGGAACAAGCUGAACACCUUGGUGAACUUCCCUGUUAGUGACCUGAACAUGACUGAACAUGUGGUCCAGAGGGACGACGUGCAGAACGGUCACCCAGGACACACUGACCAAUGGCAAGGACAGCACAGGAGGCGGGAUGAUGACAUGCUUUAUGAUCUGUUUGCUGUAUGUAAUCACUAUGGCAACAUGAAUGGUGGCCAUUAUACAGCGUAUUGUAAGAACCCUAUUGAUGGUCAGUGGCAUGAAUAUGAUGACACAAGGGUGAAGGACAUGUCCCAGUCACAAGUAACAUCCAAAGCAGCCUACCUGCUGUUCUACCAACGACGCAGUCUCUCCAAGUGCUGCAAUCAGAACUUACACACUGGCAAACACUGGAUCUUCCGUAUGUACGCCAACAACAACAAUAACAAUAACAAUAACCAUGUUCCCCCCAGCCCUUCCAGUCCUACCAGUGCAAAGUCGGUACACUUCGACACCUCCUCACCCCAGCAGAUCCCACGUCAGUCCCAACCCAUGACGCCAAACACGUUGAGACGGGAAAUGGGAGAGCAUCCCAUCAAACCUAUCCUGCGACCUCUCACACCUCAGCCGCCACGAAGACAGAACUACAGCCCACAGGAAGUAGAUUAUUAUGACCACAGUCCAACGUCACGAGGAAGGGAGGUAACUCAGGAGUUCCGAGUUGCGAGCUCCACUUGUUCGGCAACACUCUGAACCUGAGGCUCAUAAGGGGAUGGGUGCAUGUUUCAGUUUAAAUAGGAAUUCUGGACACAGUGGUGAUGUGUACGGUGUCAAAUCUCCUCAGUUGACUGAGAAGCACAGCCAUUCCUCAAACCUUUUGAACGGACAUGAUCAUGAGAGUGGUACAUUCAGGAGGAGCCACAGACCACAGGAAAGGACAAGGCCUAAUGUCAGUCAUGAUGCCAACAGCCACCGACCUCCACGCCCUCCAACAGACUCAUAUUCUUCACGUGAUUCCACAGACAGUUCAAAUCAUACUUCCCAUACAACAAGUGACAGUUCUUCUCACCCUGUGAGAGCAGUGAAUGGCUCGGGGUACCUAUCCUCGCCAAAUGAAAGCCCAAGCCAUACAUCAAGAGCUUCGUCAGAUCUUAGACAACGACGCAGCUCCAGUGAAGGGCCUGUGGUGGUGUCUCAUGCGACCCAAGACAAGAUGUCCGUCAUGGUGGCAGAGUCAAAACAGAUUGUGCCUCCAAGUCCUGUUAUGGCUGCUCCAUUGCCCAGUGGAUCAAGAGCCCUGGAGGAGAGGAGAAUAUUGGAGGAGAGGAGGUCAUCUGAAGAGAGGAGAGUGUCUGAGGAGAAAAGGGCAUCAGAGGAGAGGAGCUUUGUGCAUCGAGACAUAAACACCAUUGACACUCGGACAUCAGGUUCUGCACGGAAUUCUGAAGACAGAGACAUUCCUGAGAAGUAUGCUACAAUUGGUCGUGACAUUCAGAUGAGAAUUGAUGCUCUCAUGGAUCAAACACGCAACAUACAACGCCCCCAGACAGACAAUAACAUGAACACAUAUUCCAGACCGCCCCGACCCCAUACUGUCCAGCGACGGCAAAUCGAUGGCUACGCGAUGGAGCCACGUGAUCGGGAUAACAUGUCGAUCUCUAGUCUCAGUCAGAGGCAGAGUCGCAGUCCUCAAAUAUUGAUGCAAGAGACACUAUGUCAGUGAAAAGCUUUGGGGACCAGGUUUACAACGGCUAUGGCCGACGAGAUUCCAGUCGAGGCCCAGUGCGGUAUCGACCACACAUACACAAAGGACACAUGCAUGCACAGAUGCAGGCAAGACGCAGUAUUGAAGUGCCAGCUCCUUGUUUGAAAGAAUCUUCUGUAUAAUGGACGCGUACAGUGGCAUGCUCACCCUUUGUGAAGUCACAAAUCCUUGUUGAGAAUUUCUGUGUUUAUUGUAGGGGUUGUCAUGAACUGUUGAAGACUGAUGCCAGUAUUGGAACACAUUAAUGGAAUAACAUAGAAUCUGUUUGUUGUGUUGCAUAGCUUGGAUCUAUGGCUGGUUGUUUACCAUUAAUUGAUAUGUUUAGUGCUAUACUCCUACUGAGGAAGAUGUUGUGGUGUCUUGUUAAUGAUACAGGACAGUUGCACUGCUGAUGUCAUUGUAACUCCGAAGGUAACCCUGGCUUUAAGGGUUUGUGGUAGUGUGAAGUAGACAGUCCCUGAAAGAGAUUAUAGCGUGAAAUUUGGGACUCCUUGACCUAUAGUGCUGUAGUUUUGUACUUUGCUGUGAUGUCAGGUUAAAUAGGAUGUGUAUCUGUUUGACAUGGUCCACCAGCAUAGCUUGUGUGCCAUGUUUGUUCAUGAAGGAAACUGAAAAGGGAUGACUGUUCGCGAAUCAAUGAUGAUCACUUCAGAAACUAGUGUGGACUCCAUGGGACUGCUACAGCCGAAUCUGGAAAAGGACUUUGACCGUUAUGUUCAAGGUUUUGUAACCUUAAAAAGAUGCCAUUUUUGUGUAGGUAUUGUGUUGUGGAGAUUCACGUGAAAGGUGUCUAGGACUAGAUGUUUGUUUGACUUCUCACUUGUUAAUGACAUGACUUCACCACAACCAUGUGUAUAUAACAGAUCCCAGUAGCUGCACUGUACAUAAACACAGCAGGCACAUAUCAUGUAAAUAUGGACUCCAUCUCCGGCAUGGAAUGGACGGCCUGAUGUGUACAGACUAGAGGCAUGCUCUACCUUACUGUUACAGUAGAUGUCAGAGUAGUCCAUAUCUUCAUAACAUUGUGUACAGUAAUUUCCAUUAUUUGAAAAUAUAACUGUUCAGUGAAUAGCUUUUUAUAUAUAUAUAUUGUUGCUGUAUAUUCUUACACAUGCUACUCAGUGACAACAAAUACCAGUGGGUGUGACUCUGUGAUUGAGUGAAUAGAGAUGCUGUCCCAUUGAUGAGCUUCAGUAUGCUUAAUUCAAACAAGACUUUUUCAAGAACAGGGCCCAAUUUCACAAAGCGAUCUUACUGCUACGACUGUCGUAAGCAAAUGUUAACGUAUAGGAAUUACGAUCAUCUUAGUGCUACAGUCGCUUUGGGGAACAGGAUACAAGGCCUAAACUUUAGCAAACGACUUCCAAAACCUGUGCAUUGUUCCUGUGAGGGGUCUUGAUGUUGCAACUUGACUAUAAUCAGUUAUCUCCCUUUCAGGAAAUGCCAUGAUAAUAAUGCAUGAAUCCUUCCAUUUGAUUCUAAACUUUUUAAAUGAAGAUACUGAUAUCUUUCCUGCCCAGGUUUCCAUGUACAGUAUUACCUAUGAUCUUGUUUCAUUUAAACUAUUAACAAAGCAUUGAUUGGUUUUAUUGGUGAGUCAUAGAGUCACAUCCAGGGGUAUGAUCCAAGUACAAUGUGACACUCUUUUGUCCAUACAGCAAUGCAAGUGACCAUACCUUGCCUUGUGCCAUAGGUACACUACCACUCAGCGACAACGAUUUACAUAAUCAGUGUUUGCAAAUAUACAUCAUCACAAAGUGUCAGUGUUGCUGUUCUAUCUGGGAUGAAAAUACCAUUAGUGUGAAAGGUCUUUGGCUAGGAAGAGAAUUCAAAUGUAUCGGUUGAACCAAUCUAUCUUUGUUGAGUAGCUGAAGGAUAUACUGGAUCUCUUUGUUUACCUUUUUGGAGAUGUGUUAACUGGUUUAAUGAAACAGUUGCACCUUUUUUAUACUACUCAAAAGAAAUUAAGAACCAGCCGAUUAGUUUGAUUCUAAACUUUUUGUCAUUCAACUAAUUUUCUGGUAAACAUCUCUUUGUGUAGCUAUGGCAUGAGACAUUAGAAUUUUUUAGCAGUCAUAUUCUGGCUCAUAAAUCCUUUUUCAUGUCAGACUUAUCCCAAAAUGGGUACGGAUUGUUGUAUGGGGAACUGUACAUUAGCUCCUUGAAUUAUCCUAUUUAGCUAGUACUUGUUAGGAUGUUUGUUACAUUGAAUUUGGAAAUAAUCAAAAAUGUCAUUGGUCAGUUUCACCAUUUUCUUUUUACCUCUAUAAAGCUAUUGUUAAGUGAAUGUGGUUGAGUGGACAUGUUUUCACUAGGGCUGAAAUGAUUCGGUUCGAUUCAUCAAAUCUGACACCUUAGUUUCGAUUUUCGAUAACCAUUAUCACUAUUUCGAUUCAAUAUUUGAAUAUCUAUUUAAAUUAUUUCCAAACAGCGCGAAUGUAAUUUUGACUCCAACUCGAGCAGUUUCAAGAGCUGAAAUCUGGCGAUACGUGAUUGGUUAAGCCAGGCUAAUUAUCCAGUGAGAAUUGUUAGUAGACAUCGCCAAGUUGACAGUGGAUUUGAUGGUGAAGAGCCGACUUUGAGAGUUAAAUGAAAUCAGAUAUUUUUACUUGAAUGAAGAAUCGAAUUGAAAAUGAUCGAAUCGAGGGUCCAAUGUCGAAAAUCGAAUAGAAUUGAGGUCUGGAUGAAUCAUUGCAGCCCUAGUUUCCACUUUUUUCAGUUCCUGUUGAUGAUGCAUAUAUGUGUGAGGACCAGUUAUAUGUGAAUGAUGUUUGCUACUGUAUGUGAAAGAAGGCUUCGACUGAAUAUUGUACAGCCAGUUCUUUCUGCAACACUAUUGUGUUCAUUAUCAUUAUAAUUCCAUCUCAUAAAUUACCCGGUGAAAUAUAUGAUGAAUUAUAUUUCUAGAUAUAUCCUAUAUCUAAAAUAUGAUUUUGAGAACCUUUGAAAAAUUUAUAUAUUAUGGUUUGCUGUUUAAUAAGUAUUCUACAUCAUGAAUGAAAGACAUGUAGUUGCAAUUGAAAUUAUUACGUCAGACAUUUUUUAAUCAGUUAUUAGUCUGUGUGCAUAUUUUGUUUAGUUUUAGUGGUUCUUUUUUUGUAGAUUAUUGUGUACAGAAUAGCUGUAAAUAGUUGUGAAAUGAUUUUGGCAGCUAGCACUCAAAGUGACUCUUGAAUUGUCUUUUUCAAGUACACAUGUAAUUUAAUUUCUUUUCACCCUUACUGAUGCUAUCAUAUCGUUUGUUCAGAAUUCAUAUCCAAAAAAGAAUCUUUCAAUUGAGAAAUUUUCAUUUGCAAUAAACAGGACAAAGAUAGCAUUUUGGAUCACGAAAAGAAAUAAUGAUAAUAAAGCUUUUGAGAUGGUCCCUGAAGUUAGGUUCCCUCCAUUUGUCCAUGACAUUUUUGUGAGAGUGACAUUAACAUGACUGAAAUGGCAUUUGUUCUUGCACUAUGUAUAAUCUAGCAGAUGAAAUGUAGACUUGUCCAUUUGGCGGUGUGUAUCGUGAAUAACCUCAUAAAUCUUUACUGAUUUAGUCACUCAUUUUAACCCAAUCUCAGCAUUAAUCUUUAAACAGCUAAUCCACAUUUUGUUAGAUGCCAAGCAUAUAGUUACCCUCUGUUAAUGUGGUCAGUUUGGGAAUUGCCAGAUGCUAAUGUACAUGACUGAUGGAUAAUAUGUUCUUGUCAACAGUCUUUCUUCCAGUUAAUGUUCAGUUAGUGGUGAGGUGCUUGAUGUCUAGUGCACAGUACUGUAAUUUUGCCCAAUAUUUCUGUAUAUUCAGUAUUCUAGGUAUACAUUGAUUCCAGGUGGUAUUGCUAUUCCUAUUACAGAAGUGAGAACAUUCCGCAGCGUCCUGCAGUAUUGCCACACUAACCGCAGUAUGGCACACCCAGCACCAGCUGUCAUCCAUGACAUACCCAGUACAGCCAUUAAUGGCCUGG